AACAGCCCCCAGUGUUUUCAACAACUCUGAACGCUGCUUAUUUUGAACUUGCAUUUUUCCACGUUUGGUGACAUUUACCCCCGGAAACGUUUCCAAACACACGGCUGCUCGUCUGGAGGUGAAAGCGAGUCCGCUAAUGUAGACCAAAAAUGUCCAAAAACAUGAAAAUAACGCUGAUAUUUGGGGGGUUUAUCACAGCCGUGGCCGCCGCAUUUUACCCCAUUUUCUUCCACCCGCUCACACACACAGAGGAGUACAAACAAAUCCAGAAGAUAAAUCGAGCAGGAAUCAACCAAGCAGACGUGCAACCAGUGGGUGUGAAGAUAUGGUCAGAUCCGUACAAGCCUACAAGCAAAUGAUGGCCUCUGACAUCUUAGACGAUUGCAGAAAGUGAUGCUGCUGGAUGGCUAUGAGUGGAAAACUCCUAUUUGCUUGAUGUGUGUGUGUGUGUGUGAGUGAAUGCUCUCCAGAAUGUGUGCGGUUUUGGUUGUUUGCUGUUAUGGUGUUCUGUUUAUCCUAUGAAUAAAAUUUUAAAACCUUAGCACUAAA